AUUUUUGGAGAAGUCGGUGCACUUGACAACUCUGUCACCAAACCUUCAGCUGUGUUUUUUUUGUAUACAAUAAAUAACACAGAAAACAGCAGAAAAGUCAAGCAGGAAACGUUUUUAAAUAUAUAUUAGACAAAAGUAAAACGAACUCGGCUGAAAAUGGAUGACGAGGAGACAGCAGAAAUCGAGGAGACAACCUCGAACGAAGCGACAGCAGCUGCAGCUGCAACUGACAUGCAAGUGGAGGCAGAGGCAGAGGUGGAGGCGGAGACGCAGGCAGAGACGGGAGCAGGGCCACAGGAGGAGCGACAAUUUGUGCAAAUAGCCGCUGUGGCAAGAGCCCAUGAAAAUAAUCGGACAAGACUGGAGAAUAUGCUCGAAGAGGUGGACAGCAUGUUUGAGGAGGUAAGCGAACUGAUGGGCGAUGUCUCUGAUCUAAUGCGGCGUGCCAAUGAGCUAAGGGAGGAGACAUUACCAGCACUGGACCCAGUUCCUGUUGUUGUCCCUGUACCAGCUGCUUUCGAGACAUCCGAUAAUCCAACACCGCCGCCUGCUGUGGCUGAAGAGCAACAGGAGGCGGAGCAGCCGCCUGUGCCCAAUGACAGUCCGAGUGAUGCGAGCAUCAGUUCCAGGCACAGCGGCAGUGACAUGUCACUGGACAGUCCAGGUAGUGAAGAUGACUCGGACAUGGAGGCCGUGCCACGCUGGAUGAUACCGGCCAAUCGUGUACGUUCCGCGGUUGAUAUGCUGGUUUCUCAGGCACGCAGUCAGGACGGUGGCAUUGCAACUCUGCUGCGGCGCGAGAACUUCUUGCAGCGUGUGCGUAGCAUGGUCUUUAGCCAGGAUCGCUUUCGCAGCAGAGUCCGAAAUGCGGCUAAUGCUGCUGCCGAGGACACACCGGAAUUGCCGCCACCACCGAUGGACGCUGAUAUCGAUGAGGAUGUGCGUUUUGAUACAAAUUUGCCAGCGGAGCAUUCAUAUUUUGGCACAAAUCUAAAUCGUGUGCCUGGCGUGGAUUAUCUGGAAGUUGGCAGUACACAUCGCAUGCUUAUAUUUAUGCAUCAGCACAUACUGUUCCCUGGCGAGGUGUUGCCGUUUAUGAUCGAUGGUAGUAUAAUUGAUGAAGAGGUGCACGGCAGUGGACACGAUGGCCUCAUUUUCGGCGUUGGCUUUCCCCUGAUGCAGCCACCCGAUGAUAAUCCACACAAACUUUACGGGGUAACCUGUCAGAUCUAUGAAAAGGGCGAAAGUGGACGACAGCUUGUUUUCUACAAAUCCCGCGCAUUGCAACGCAUUGUCAUCAAUUGCGAAAAUAUCCAAGGUCCGCCACAAUAUAUUGCACGCAAUCCGAGCAUGAAAUGCUACAGCAACGUGAAGAUAUUACCAGAGUACUUUCUGCCCGAACCGCUCAAAUGCAUUGACAUGGGCUCCAUAAAUCGUUUUCGUGAUAUUCCCUCCAUGCAGGAUAAAUUUCAACGCUAUCAAUUGACCACAACACCUUGGCCAUUGGAAGCCUGCAUGGAAUAUUCAUUUGAGGAUAUUGUGGAGAAGGCGAGAAAGAAGCUAGAAAUACAUAAAAUCGAUACGAUGCCAAAAUGUCCCAUACAGUUGUCAUUUUGGCUCGUUCGCAAUUUGCAUCUUACAGAGAAAAUGAUGCGUUUGACGUUUCUCACGGAUUCGGUGAAUACAAGACUGCAGCUCAUUGGCACCACAUUGAAGCAGGAGUCGCUGUUCUACUGUCGCUACUGCAACAGCAGUCUCGCCUCCUGUUCCGAUCUCUUUGCCAUGUCCAAGCAUGGCGUGCAAACGCAAUACUGCAAUUCAGCUGGCUAUAUACAUGAAACCAAUACGGUUUAUCGUGUCAUUUCACAUGCUAUUGGUUAUAGCGGUGAGCCAUCCACAGAGUUCAGUUGGUUUCCCGGCUAUCAGUGGCACAUUAUAAUCUGUAAAUUUUGCGCACAGCAUGUGGGCUGGGAAUUCAAGGCAGUCGAACCGAAUCUAUCGCCCAAGGUAUUCUUUGGCCUGGCUGGCUCCAGUGUCCGCAUCGGGAAAACCAGUGAGCGCACUCCAACAAAUGGCAGCACUUUUGUGGUACGCAACCUUCUACGUCUUGUCUCCAGAGAACUUGAAUGAGGUUGGCAACUGGUGAAACGCAUUGGCGGUCUCUGUUGUUGUCGUCGUCGUCGACAGUCAUCAUUGGAGCUGCAUAAUCUCUAGCUAGCGUAGACCAUUCAAAUUCGUUUCACUAUUUCGCUUAGUAUAUUUAUAAUUCCCUCAAUUUUUUUUGUAUAAUUCGUUAAAUAGUUGGACUUUGUGUGUGCAAACCUUAAGAUUGAUUUACCAAGUUUUAAUAAAAUUUAUCCAUAUUUAAGAUAACAAA